GCCAAAACAUAGCAUUGUAGCCCUGGCAGCAAAACAGCUCAUUCCAUUGUUUUUGCAACGAAAUUUGUUAACUGGAUAUAAAUGCAAAUGGCUGUCUCUAGCUAUGAUGUGCUGCGCAAGCAGGCGCGUACACUGGAAAAUGAGAUUGACCUCAAACUUGUGGCAUUCAGUAAAAUUGGAGCUGGCAGCAGCAUAAGCAGCAACAACAGCAGUGGCAGCGGCGGCAACAGCAAUUCUGACACAUCACCUCUGCUGGGCGAACAUGUCUUUGACUCGCUAUCUGCCGAAAUAGAGCAAAUGCUUGACAAGUUGUCAUCGCUUAAUGAAUCAAUGUCUGAGUUGCCUGCCACCGGCAGCGCAGCAAUGCAUACGUUGCAACGCCAUCGCGAGAUACUCCAAGGCUAUAGGCAGGAGUUCAACAAGAUCUAUGCGAAUCACACGAUGCGCAUCGAGCGCGAGGAAUUGUUGCGUGGAUCGGGGCUGGCGACGAGCAGUGGAAGUCCAUCUAUUUCGGGUCUCAGUCGUCGUGAGAUGUACAUGAAGGAGAGUGGACAUCUGCAUAGCGCCAGCAAUAUGGUUAAUGAUCAGAUCAACAUUGCCAUCGAGACACGAGAAAAUCUGCAUGCUCAGCGACAGGCUUUUAAGCGUCUGCAGACGCGUUUCAAUGACAUUUCCAAUCGAUUCCCAUUGAUAAAUAGUCUCAUACAGCGCAUUAACAUCAAAAAACGACGCGAUUCGUUAAUUCUGGGCGCAGUAAUUGGCUUUUGUGUCAUUUUGCUGUUACUCUAUGCCUUUAAUUAGCGUUUGUCGCGAACAAAAUCGGGCCAAAGAUAAAAGUUCUUUGCAUUCAGAUAAUUUCUUCAUUCAGACAAGUGCAACUCCAGCAUGUUUUCCUUUUUUGGUAUAUUGUAUGUGUAUAAUCAACUUGUGAUAGCAAUAAAAUUUAAUAUUUAAGUCA